CCACUCCUAAUUCCACGCGGUGGUCCUUUCUCAGGACGAAACACGAAAAUGUCUCAAGACUUCACGAGUGCUCCGUCGACUCUUGUCUCUCCUCUGACUCCCUUAGACCAAACCCAAUGGGUAACUGUGGUAGCUGCCUACCCUCUACCUUCACCACCGACGCCUCAGACUCUUCCGCCGAUUCCCGCCAUCCUCCUCACUCCAAUGUCAUCACCGUCCAGCCCCCAUCCGCCUCUCCCACGCCUCGCCCUCCACCUCCGCAUUCACUACAACCCUCCAAUCGUCCUUCCCUCACUGCUUCCGCCGUGGGCCGAGUCUUAGGUCGUCCCAUGGUGGACGUCCGCAAAACAUACGCGUUCGGCCGCGAGCUGGGUCGAGGCCAGUUCGGGGUCACCUAUCUCGUCACCCACAAGGAAACGAAGCAGCAGUUCGCCUGCAAAUCCAUCACCACCCGCAAACUCAUCAACCGCGAUGACAUUGAGGACGUCCGCCGUGAGGUCCAGAUCAUGCACCACCUUACUGGUCACAGGAAUAUAGUGGAGCUAAAAGGUGCAUAUGAGGAUAGGCACUCGGUGAACUUGGUGAUGGAGCUAUGCGCUGGAGGGGAGUUGUUUGAUCGGAUCAUAGCUAAGGGUCAUUACUCAGAGAGAGAAGCAGCUAAUCUAUUUAGGCAGAUCGUGACUGUUGUGCAUUAUUGUCAUUCAAUGGGAGUUAUACAUAGGGAUUUGAAGCCUGAGAAUUUUCUUUUCUUGAGUACUGAUGAGAAUUCCCUUUUGAAGGCUACUGAUUUUGGCCUCUCCGUGUUCUUUAAGCCAGGUGAUGUAUUUAAAGACCUUGUUGGAAGUGCGUAUUAUGUAGCUCCUGAAGUAUUACGUCGAAAUUAUGGAGCUGAGGUUGAUAUUUGGAGUGCUGGGGUUAUACUGUAUAUUCUUCUUAGUGGGGUCCCGCCCUUUUGGGGAGUGACUGAAAAGGCCAUUUUUAAUUCUAUUCUCUGGGGACAUAUCAAUUUCUCCUCUGAUCCAUGGCCUUCCAUAUCCAGCAGCGCCAAAGAUCUUGUGAAGAAUAUGCUAAGAGUUGAUCCUAAGGCCCGACUUUCAGCGAUAGAAGUCCUAAAUCAUCCAUGGAUGCGAGAAGAUGGUGAUGUAUCUGAUAGGCCUCUUGAUAUUGCUGUUUUAAGUAGAAUGAAACAAUUCAGAGCAAUGAACAAACUUAAAAAGGUAGCUCUAAAGGUAAUUGCCGAAAACCUUUCUGAGGAAGAAAUUAUGGGCUUGAAGGAAAUGUUCAAAUCCAUGGACACGGAUAACAGCGGAACAAUCACUUGUGAAGAGUUGAAAGCUAGUAUUACAAAAUUGGGUACCAAGCUUUCUGAGUCUGAAGUGAGGCAAUUAAUGGAAGCGGCAGAUGUGGAUGGAAAUGGAGCAAUUGAUUACACUGAGUUUAUAACAGCUACUAUGCACAUGAAUAGAAUGGAAAGAGAGGACCACUUAUACAAGGCCUUUGAAUAUUUUGACAAGGACCAGUGCGGGUACAUCACAAUGGAAGAGCUGGAGAAUGCCCUUAACAAAUAUAAUAUGGGCGACCCAAAAACAAUAAAAGAGAUCAUUGCAGAAGUUGACACGGACAAAGAUGGAAGAAUUAACUAUGAAGAGUUUGUAGCCAUGAUGAGAAAAGGCAAUCCGGAGUUGGUCACUAACAGACAGUGCAAAUAAGCCUCGAGUUUUGCUUUCUGGUGGCUUUAGUUAAUGAAAUGAAUCAGCUUGUUUGUGAAUUUGUUUGUGUUGUACCGUACUUGAGAUAGAUUUAGAACCUCAGUUUAGGCUAGCUGCCUUGCAUUGCAGAGCAAUCACUGCCUUUCGAAAUCCUUGGUUUGCCGUGCAUGCCGUUUUCACAUAUAAAUAGGUUUACUUAUUUAAUAGAGUUUGUAACAUUGAUGUAUUCUACGGUUGUUUGAUUUAAAAUAAAAUAAAUAUUACUUUGUUGUGUAAAAUAA